AUGUCAUCAAGAAUCUCUAACAAGGACGAAAAAAGUAUUUUUGCAAGAACUGAAGUCAGGCUUGAAGAAGCUGACAAAUUACCAAUGGUUUCUCGAACUCCUAAAACGGCCUCCAGCUCAAGAAAGCUCUUAACAACCCAAUCAUUCAGAACAUUCAGCGGGCCAAGGAAACCAGGCACAUCAUGGGCUGAUUUUUUUGAAAGUAAGACUUAGCUAGGAAAUAUAAAUUCCCCAAAACAUAUGCAAUCUACUGAAAUCCAAGCUUCUUUGAAUCAAAUCUCUCAAGAGAUCGCCGAAAUGUAUUCUUCAGGCCCUUCCACACAGCGAAGCACGACUGCUAUGACUUGGCAAUUCACAAGAAAUAUUAGCAAGGAGCUUGAGAAUCUGGAGUUUGUUGUUCUGACUAAGAAGAAAGAGUACAAUAUUAUUCACAAUGACGUGAUCAAAAAAGAAAAAGGCCUAAAAGAGUUGGAAAAUGAAUUAGAAAUGCUAGAAAAAAAGGUAGAGCAGCAAGACGAGCUAAAUGAAAUCUUGGAAUGCAGAAAAGCUGAACAUAACGAGGUAAUCAACGGGCUUUUCAAUGAGUACUAUUACUUUGAAACACUCAAUUUAAUGCUUGAAUCACGCAAAGAAGCGCUAGGAUUCACUGUAAAACCAGUCAUUGAUAUGAGAGAUGACUUGUCAAAACUAGAGAAAAAAAUAUCAGACACUUCAAAGGAAUUCGCUAAGCUGAAAGAGGACGCAGAAAUAGUGAGCUCUCAAGCAGAAGACAUAAAGAAUGGAAUUGAAGAAGCUAAAAUGUUCCAUGAAAAUGAUAAAAACGAGCAGUUUAAUAUUUUUCGGCACAAAGAAGUCAUGUUUAAUAUCCUCCAGCAGGAGCAUAAGCAUAAUCAGCUAAAACAAAAAUACUUAAACUAUCAAAAGAAGUUACAAAUGCUGAUCCCAAUUCGUGACAAAAUUGAGCAUGACGAGCGGCUAAAAGAAAAACGAAUGGAAGUAAAAAAGCAAAACGAGCGAGAAGAAGAGAAAUUCAGAGAAAUUCAACAAGCCACCAGCAUUUCUUCAGUCAAUGAUUUGUAUGCUUAUUACCAAUAUUUACAAAAAAAUGAAACACAGCUGAAUGCGACGCUAAAAGAAUCACUAGCUAAAAUGGAGCUAUUGAAUCACGAAAGAAAUCAAUUAAACCACGAAUUAAACGAAAUUAUUUUGCAGAGAGAAGAAGACAGACAUAUAAAUUUAAGGGAAAUCGAAAAAAUAGAAGAAAGUUUAAAACAGAGAAAUAAGCAAAUGGAUGACAACGAAAGAGUUCUUGAUAAACUCAUUGGACUUGUUUCAGCUGCAUGUGGAGCUGUAACGAGGCUAGCAAGCCAAGUUUUAGAGAACUCUGAAAGCAUUGAUGUAAAGCCGAGAAAUGUAGUAAAAUAUCUAAAUAAUUGCGCUGCAAAGCUUGAAGAGAAGUUGCAGGUAGUGUUUAGCUCGAGAGUCCAGUGGCAGGAAGAAAGUAUAAAUACAACGUAUAAAUACAAAAGUCCUCCAGUCUGGCUGAAGCUGUCAACCUUACAGACGUCGCCUAGGGAACAAAUAUAA